AUGGAAUUGUCACUCGUGGAAAGUCUGCGUGACAUUGACGUGGCCUUGAAGAGCGGCUACCCCUCUCAUCUCUCACACAAACUCCAGGACCGCCGCGCUCUGUGUGUGCGCCGCACCGCCACGGAUCAGGAGGCAAAAGCCGAUCAUCCCUCACCGAAUCAUAAUGCGCCAGCCGGGGACGGGAGACAAGCCGGGGAACGUUUCAGUUUAGGGAUUUGUCCUCAAGCUGCUGUGGGGUUCACCGUGGAGACAGGGCGGCACCUGGUGGCAAGGGAGGGAAUCGCAGCCGGGGAUGUUGUGCUCUUUGACAGGCCAUACAGCUUGGUGCUUAUCCCAGGGGCGGAUGAGGAGCAGACAUUUGGGAGAGAGCAUGGAUUCUGUCACCGCUGCUUGGCCAAAACAUUACACUUAAUACCAUGUGAAUGUUGUAGCUACAGUCGAUAUUGUUCAGAGGCUUGCCAGAAGGAGGCCUGGUCUGAGCACCACAGCCGGGAGUGUCACCUCUCGGGAGAUCUGGUUCCGAUGGGUGUGCUGACGCAGCUCGCCGUGAGGGUGACGCUAAAAGCUGGGAUUAAAAACAUCCAAAUGGCACGACAACAGGAACCCUGCAGCGGCGGGGAAUGUGCCGGGGCCAGCAAUUACCGUCGCGCAAACGUGGCAGGCCCCUCACACGCCGAUGACUCAUACCUCAGCGUCUACCACUUAAUGCAUCACUCCAGUCAGCACAGCGUCGGGCUCCGCUUUCUGGCAGCCGUUACCGUGGCAACGUUCUGCCUAAAGCUGGGCGCCGCGACGGGAACAGGUUCGCGGGGCCUCCUCCCGAGACCCCCGGGUGAGACGGGCCAAUCGGGGGAGAGAUCAGAGGAGCGGCAGCAAGGAGAAGGGGAGGACUCGGAGCAGUGGCUGAUGGGAAGUGCGGCCCUCAGGCACCUUCUGCAGUUGAGGUGUAACGCUCAGGCUAUCACACUGCUGCAGGACACAGGCGACUGGGGAAACGCCUCCGUCCACCUGGAGCGGAGUGCGACGGCGAUCAGUUCCCAGUUUGGAGCAGACAGCAUCGAACUCGCCCGGCAGCUCUUCAAACUCACCCAGCUCCACUUCAACGGAGUGAGAGAGGUCCUCAGACAGAAGGAGACAGGAGCAGCUGUGGUGAGGGCCCUGGAGCUCACCAUUAUUAACACUACAGGCUCGGGUGCAUGA